AUGUCAGCAUGGCAACUAGCACAGAUACGCGGACUGGACAUCACAAUCAAGCAGCGUGAGCUGGAAAACGAGAAGCUGAGGGAUGUGUUGAAAGCGAUGGGAGGCAUUGCUAGACAGCAGGGCGCAUACGUGGUGCCUCUGCACUGUUUCCGUGAUGAUGGAUGGGAGAAGAUAGAGGGAUGCUCACGCACUCUCGAUGACAAUGUUCUUGUACCAUCCGUCGUCGACUUGCCAAAUACACAACCUCAACGACUAGACGAUAUUCUGAACCGUCUUCCCACCCCCGCGGAAUCCAUGCUACCAUCAUCUCGUGCCCUCCACAUCACCCUCGCACAACCCCUAACCCAUCUCACUCUGCGACUCACACGCACAGACUGGUCAACAUGGAACGUAGCCGUAAACCUCCAUCUCGACCCGUCGUUCGGGCGCUACGACCUCAACGAGGGCCGCCCCUCGGGCAAAGCCAUGCGUCUGCGUGCUGAACAGCGCAAGGCUGGUCGGCAUCCGCGGCUCAACCCGCAAUCUUGGGGCGCACAUGUCGUUUCUGCGUUGCCUGAUCUGAAGACGCUGGAGUUGGUGCUGGAGACGUUCGAGGCGAGGAAGGAGGAGUUGGAACGCGUUGUACAGUAUGCGAAGAUGUGGAGGCAGUUUGCCAAAUUAUAA